AUGACUGGCGUGCUCACUCACUGCUCAACUGUCUAUCCCGAGGUCCAAUGCCAGGAAGCAAACGACGUUACACUCCAACCGCUGCUUCUCAGGAUCGGGUUUUCUGGUAGACUGCCAAGGCAUCUUAUCGAGCAGAACAUACCUAUCGAAAUAACUGUAUCUAUUGCUGAAGAAUAUGGGUCCUUUGCGAUGCCGGUUGUACGAACCAUGUCCUUGAAUCUGUGGCGCUCUAAUUCUGGAAGUCUGUCGUACGCAGAUGAUGCUUUUAAACCAUCUGAACCAUCUGACGAAUUUAUCCCCCCUGCCGACGUUCCCAUCCCGUUCCUCCCCCUUCCAUUGGGGUUCGACUACACUAAGCGAUCUGAUUGGGCGACGCUAUCCAAACAAAUCGAGGGGUGGCUCGCAGAGCUCGACACGGAGUUGCCGCAGUGGAUGUGGGGGCGUGAUACGUUUUGGUUGACAUUCGUUGCUGCGUUCCCCUCCUUCCCAAGAGGUACCUGGCCCAAGUGGGAUUCGCGCAUUCCAUUGGAAGGCGCAUUUAUUGAGCAGUGGCUCGAAGCUUCGAGUAGCAGUGCCAGGUUUGACGAGGAGAUUUUCGAGAUAGUGGGAGAUGCUCAAGAGGAUGUUCAAGACCUGUGUGAGAUUUGGGGCGCGUUUUGCAGGGAUGUGGCGCUCUUCUUUCCAUAUCCCCUCAUUGCUACUACUGACUGA